AUGACGAGGUGUUCGCCUGUCCUGAACACUCCCAACGGAGUCGCUGUCGAUAACGCAACUCUACCCUUCUGGAAGAAACCUUUCAACACCUUGCUGAAUCGACAAGCACCACCAGUUCCUAAACUCGAGCAUGUCCAACAAACAACGGGGAACGAGGAUCAGCGAGAAAGCACCGACCGAGUCGGGGGUUCUUGUGUGUAUCCAAAAAUGAAUAACGGAAAAUCUAGCGGAGACGUUAUAAAUAGCGCAGAAAUACUGAAAACUCUUCCUCCUCCAGGGAUCAGUGAGAUGACGAGUAUCAUAUGA